AAAAAAGGUCUAUAGUUCUUCUGCCUGAGCUCAGUUCACGAUCUUCACCUGUAGGAGAAGUACUUCUCCAUCGCUUUCCUCUCCGUCUGUGCGCACAUCUGACUCUCUCGCUCUGGCCAGACAGGUUUUCCAUGCUCCGCCUCUCCUCUAUAGGUUUUCGCAUCUCCUCCGUCAGCAUUUCCCGCUGCCUAUGUUGCAUAAUAGAUCAUCACAUUGUUGCUCUAUCUCCAUCGCCCAUGAUUCCAUGACCUCGACUAAGACCUUCGUUCCAUCUUACUCUAUCUAGGUAGAGACUUUAUUUCACCUUGUAAAGGUACUUCAAAGUUUAAGUGUAAAGGUACUUCAAAGUUUGUUCACCGGGAACGUUUUGAAGGUUAUUCUAUCGAUGACUCUUAAGUUGACCUGAAGUUCUGAUUCCUUAAUAGUUUAAAAAACAACGGUUCGCUGUCAUUGCUCCUCCCAGAGUUCUCAAAAUUGGUUUGCCGCCAUCACCACUAGGAGCUCCACCUAGACAUCACGGAAUCUCCCAACUCUUCAGUUGGCUCUUGCUCUCUCAACGAGUUCAAGGUAUGCCCCUGUGUUCUGGAAUGCUCCUUAUUCAAUUUGAUUUGGGUAAACUUUGAAUAUUAGUAAGCACAACAAAUGGUGAAAAUACCAGCACCUAGGUUUUGUUCUCCGUGUCUACCUAUAUGCUAGUUGCAUCCAAAUGUUGUUCUGAAGGAAUUUGAGUAUGAGCAAUGGAGGUAAAGUGGAGAGUAGACAAGGUGGAGGGAAUGCACUGGACAAUCGGGCGAGUUCCCAUGAAUUUGGGAGUGCUAUAUCAAGAAUUGCUGUGGCUCAGAUAUGCCAGAGUGUUGGGUUUGAGAGUUCCACUGAAGCGGCUAUGAAUUCCUUCUCAGAGGUUAUAGCCAAGUACAUUUCUGACCUGGGAAAGACUGCUACUUCCUAUGCCAGUUUAUCUGGGAGGUCCCAGUGUAACGUAUUUGAUGUGAUUCACGGGUUAGAGGAUUUCUGUCCACACACGGGGCUUAUGGGUGCUUCAGAAGCAAACAUUUGUGGGGUGAAUUCAGGUGUUAUGAAGGAGAUAGUUGAGUAUGUUGAGGCUUCUGAAGAGAUUCCUUUUGCUCAGCCAGUCUCGCGUUUUCCAGUGAUAAAAAUCCCAAAGAUGAUUCCUACUUUUGAUCAAAUAGGUGAAAAUCCGGAGUCUAAGCACAUCCCGCGUUGGUUGCCCGCAUUCCCCGAUCCUCACACCUAUGUACACACAGAUACAUGGAACGAGAGGGUAUCCGAUCCCCGAGAUGACAAAAUUGAAUUAGCCAGGCAACGCAGGAAGGCAGAGAGGUCUUUGUUGAAUUUGCAGCAGCGGUUGGUAUGCAAUGGUUUGCCAGUGCCAUCAAGUUCACAUAAGCUAAGGCAAAUUCCGGGUUCAAAAUUGACUCUAAAUGACGAGGAGAGUGAGAACCCAUUCCUUGCUAGGACAUUGCAAGCUGGAGAUAAAGAUGCAUCUUCUAUAGCUCUUCCGGCCAAAUUCUUUGCCAACGAUCACCACACCUCUUUACUACAGACUUUUUCUCCUGCAAUCGAGGCCAUUAAAGACAGCAUUUCUGAGAUGGGAAAUGGGACAGAGAAAAAACAUGUUACCUACAAAAGGCUACCUGCUUUGUGUUUGGAGUUAAAACCUGGCAAGAAGGUUUUAGGUGAUUCAUUGGAUGUGAGACUUUGGAACAAUGGUAGUUCUGGAAGAGGAGCAUCAUGGUUCAGGAAAGAUGAUGAUAAUAAAGAUGAUAAAAAGAGGAGAGCUGAAUUGAUUCUUCGGCAAUCAAUUGAAAACCAGCAGGAACUGAUGCAGUUGUAAAUUAGAUUGGUGAAAUUAUUUGUGGUCACAAAAGUGUAGGGUUGGUUGAUGAUAAUCAUGAAAAUAGCACUGUAUCUAUAUUUCAGGAGCGUGCAGAAGAAGCCAGAUCAUAGUUCCAGGCAUUUUUUCAGGAGCUUAAUUGCUUUCUAUUGAUGAUAUGUUUUCUACAACUGAAACAAUCAAAAUCUAGUUCUUGGUGAGAUUCUUGUUUGUAGAAGCCAUACUUUUCCAAGUUGAAUUGAAGAGUAUUGUACAAUUCGGUUUUCAAUAUUUUUCAGUAAGGAGUUUGUUUUUAACGAGAAUCUGAAGGGUGGCAAAGCAGGAAUUGCUUGUGUACAUCUCUUCUUCUGGCGUUUUACAUUGCUCUCCAAUUUGUUGCUUUAGUGUGUGUACAUUUAUAACUUAAAGUUGUAGUUUCCAUUUGUUAAUAUGUUUCUUCAUGAUCAACAUGAAGAAUCAGAACUAGAGCUUUUACAUGAAACCGAACAAGCUGCUUUUGAGCUCAACUUGGCUCAGCUCUCUAAGCCUUACGAGCUUGACACAUUCACUUCACAAAAUAAGAUGAGCAUGGCCUGAAGGCUCGAGCGUGAAACGAGUCAGAUUCAAUUGCCAAUAUGUGCUUGAAACCUUACAAGUUGAGUUUGACUCUGACUCAAGUUAAGGACACUAAGGUGGUGGGGUGGCUUUCAGAGAAUGAAGCUCAUUAUGGAAUCGCAAGUACAAUUGGAAAAACUCAAACGUCCUAAGCUCAACUCACAUGCUGGUUAGUGAGCGCUCUUCAUCUGUUCAGGUUUCUCCCUGGAAUUUCUGUUUCUUCCAUUCUCGUGUUAUUAUAUUAGAAAUUUAGAAUGUGAAUGAAGAUAGGUUUGUCAAGCGGAAUCCUUAGCAUCUUCGUGUUUCGUAUUCAAGCACACUAGAUGGUAGCUAUUUGCAUGCUAUUUUAAGAAAUCAUCAGAUGUAUAUCUAGUUUAGUAAUGCCCAAGUUACU